UUGAUUUAUUUCCAAUAUUGAAGUACUAGUAUGUAACGUUUGAGUUGCUUUAUAUUAAUUCAAUUGGGAAACAUCAGUAUGAUGAUUAAAAAAGUACUACAAUUGAUAAUUGUUCUAACAUGGAUGACAAAUAGUGUACACAGUUGUUCAUGUGGUCAACAGCACCCUCAAGAUGCAUUUUGCUCAGCUGAUUAUGUUUUCUAUGGCAAAGCUAUCAAGGAGAAACUUAUACCAGGCCGACCAGAUGAUGUUCACAAUAAUUUUGCGACUUGGAAUUAUACAUUUGAAAUAAUUUUCAAAAUGAAAGGAGUGACCGAAAGAGUUGGACACUUUGUAGUUAUAGAGACUGCAGGAAAUGGUGCACGCUGUGGGGUGCGCUUUACUGUCGGACAGUCUUAUAUCUUAAUGGGAAAUAAAAUUGAUGGAAUAAAAGAGAUAGGCUCCUGUGAUUUUAUUAGUCAACUCAGCAAUAUCUCAUCAUAUCAGACGUUUUACAUGUUUACACGAUUUCGUUAUUCGUACAAUUAUAAUUGUAGAAGGGGAUGUAAAAUUGGUCCCAAUUCAGAAGGUUGUAGAUUUCUGGAAGAAAAUACAGAUUUUACGACAGACAAAUGCCUUGCUACAAAAGCACUGUGUCAAAGAAAAGGACGGCGGUGCCGCUGGGUUAAUCAUGAAACCUGCUACCCUUAUGUUGUCAUGCACACUUUUCAUGAAUGA